UGUUCUCUGGCCUCGUCUUCGCUCUCGGCGGGCCGGGCGCCAUUUUGUAAUGUUGUACUGGGUUUAACCCUAUUCUUCGACGGGCUAUAUACAGUUCUUGUAACCAAUCGUGACCUUGGUGAAUUAUUUGUAGGUAUCAGUGAACACUUCUUUAGCAUAUCUACUUACUUAACCCCCGAUCGUAGCCUGUUUGAUCCCGUAGAACAGAUCGCGCGAGAACCAAAUCAGCCGCAGCACCGAUAACUAUGCAUACCGGUGUCUUCAGUGAACCCUUUUGCCGCUGAUCGUACCGUUUUUAUGCUUAGUAACCGGCACGCGCCGAAUGUUUCGUGCAGUUUUGCCCCUGGCCGUCUCUGUGGGUGUGUUUGUAUGCACUAAAUUAACCUUUUUCGCCUUACAAGACCAAACUGGCGCUGACGAGACUUGUACAGGCAACGUGCUAGCCCUAAAUCCCGUUUGGCUGUUGUGUUGUGGUGUUGUGGGCAGGCAGCUAAGAGGCGUUGGCAUUGGCAGAGGAGUCUGCAGGAGCGUUAGUAGCGGAAGAAGACACAGUGGGGCCUUCCUGGGCGGUGCUUCCCCCAUGCCUCUGCCCAGCAGGUCGCGCGUAUACCCGGACGUCAACUCCCACCGCCCCCGGGACUACUGGGACUAUGAGUCACACGUCGUAGAGUGGGGGUAUGUCUGCUCUUCAUUGCAUGCUCAUGUUCAAGAUGACUACCAACUGGCUCGUAAGUUGGGCCGUGGCAAGUACAGUGAAGUCUUCGAAGCCAUCAAUAUUGCAAAUAACGAAAAAUGUGUUGUCAAGAUUCUCAAACCGGUAAAGAAGAAGAAGAUAAAGCGCGAGAUCAAGAUCCUGGAAAACCUGCGCGGAGGUCCCAAUAUUGUAACCCUGCAGGCAGUGGUGAAGGACCCAGUGUCUCGGACCCCCGCCCUCAUCUUCGAGCACGUGAACAACACAGACUUCAAGCAGCUGUACCAGACGCUGACGGACUAUGACAUCCGCUUCUACCUGUAUGAACUGCUGAAGGCGUUGGACUACUCUCACUCUAUGGGAAUCAUGCACCGGGACGUGAAGCCUCACAAUGUCAUGAUUGACCAUGAGUGCCGGCGGCUGCGUCUCAUUGACUGGGGCCUGGCCGAGUUCUACCACCCAGGGCAAGAGUACAACGUACGGGUCGCCUCCCGAUAUUUCAAGGGGCCCGAACUCCUCGUAGACUACCAGAUGUAUGACUAUUCCUUGGACAUGUGGAGUCUGGGUUGCAUGCUAGCCAGCAUGAUCUUCAGGAAGGAGCCUUUCUUCCAUGGCCACGACAACUAUGACCAGUUGGUGCGUAUUGCCAAAGUUCUGGGCACAGAAGAACUAUUUGAGUACCUGGAAAAAUACCAGAUUGAGUUGGACCCAAGGUUUAACGACAUUUUAGGAAGGCACUCACGCAAACGGUGGGAGCGAUUCGUGCACAGCGAUAACCAACACCUGGUGACAGCAGAGGCACUGGACUUCUUAGACAAACUGCUCCGUUACGACCACCAGGAACGUCUAACGGCACGAGAAGCCAUGGAGCACCCCUACUUCUACCCAGUCUCCAAGGAGCAACAAAGUAAGUUGAUGGAACGGCUGACGGCCCACGGCAGCUCUCCUCCCCCUACGGCCACGGCAGCUCUGGGCUCGAACACGCUUAGCGGCCUACCCACAUCUCCGGUCACAUCCCCCAGCGUGGCCUCCCUCCCCAACACAACAUCGGCCCAGUCGUAAAGGCACUCGGCCCAAACAGCCCUCCCCGGCGGGUCACACCUGAGAGCGGCAGGUCUCGGCACCCCGGGGCCGGGGACCUUCACCUCCCGAAAUGCCCUAAAAAAGUACACACACAGGAAAAGAGAGAGAGAGAGAGAAAAAAAAGAAAGCGAAACAUCACCUCCAGGGCAAGACAAAGACAGUAGACAUCAUCAAUGCCGCCUCUGCCAUCGCUGAAGAAGAGAACCGGGAGUGCGAACGUCCCCAGGGAAAAAACGAAAAAAAAAAACAUUUUUAGAAAGUGAACAUUGUUGACGAAAAAGCAUUUUUUUUUCUUUUCUGACAUGCGUUCCUUCCAGCGCGCUCGUUUUCUCUCUUCCCUCCACAUAAGAAAGCAAAACAGUGACUCGUGGUCCCCUCCCCCACCCAUUCCUCCUCCUCCUCCUCCUCCUCCUCCUCCUCCUCCUCCUCCUCCUCCUCUUCCUCCUCCUUCCUCUUUGGUGUGUGAAUGUUUGCCUUGUCUGUCAUUUUGUUUUAAUCCACCUUGUUCUUUUGGGUAGCACAUGCCACUCCAUUUUUUAUUUGUUCAGUUGGUUGAUAUUGAAAGACUGUUCCACACAUACCCACACACAUGCCUUGCUGGGAAAGCGCAAGUGCUCCUAUUGUGCUUCUCGCAGGUUUUCUCUUGCCCCCCCCCUCCUCUCCUCCCAUUUUAGUUUAGCAGUUGCCUGUUUUCCCUCACCUCACCCUUCCCCUGUCUUCUUGUUUGUGCGUGCAGAAAAUGAGAGAAGCUAGGGAAGAGAGAAGGAUGUUGAAUAAAGACAUGUUUCUUUCUGCC